UUCCAGCUCUAUUCAGAAAGGCUUGUGAUUUUCAUCAAAUUUGUUUAUUGAAGAUAAAUUCGUUUUAAAAACGAUGUCGUCGCCGGCUGAAGAGGAGGAGUCGGCGGAAGGUGCUGCAAAACAUGAUUUCAUCGAAUUGAAGAGCAUGCAAGACCUGGAAUCCUGCGAGCAGCAAGAACUCCUGCGGUAUGUCGAGAAGCUGCACGGGAUCAUCCGGAAAUACGACACCAAACUGGCGGCCUAUAAACAAAAACUCCUACAAUUUGUGAAACAAGAGGAAAAGUCUUCCUGCGACAAAGCAAUUCAAAUCAAUGAAUCUCAGUUCCUGGAGGACCUGGAUUCCCUUGAAAAUAAUGAGGAUGCAGACAAAAAGGACAAGCCCAGCGAUUUAUCGGCGACGGACGCCUUUAGUUUUGUGGACGAGAUGCGGCAGGCGGCCAAGCACGCCGAAAACCUAAACAACUUCGUCUACGAGCCGACCUCGGGCUUGUACUACGACCACAAGACGGGUUACUACUAUAACGCGGAGUACGGGUUGUACUACGACGGAAACACUGGCUGCUACUACAGCUACGACCACGCCAAAGACUCGUACGAGUUUCACUCGCAGGCCCAGGUGCAGGCGAACGAGGCGGCCAAGCCGGAAUCCGAGGACGAAGAGGUGCAGUUCGAUGAGCUGGGGGGCGUAAUAACCGAUCCCGAAUUGCUUAAGAAGAUCAAGGCCGAUAAGCAAAAGGGCAAGGAUCGCGCUGAGAAAUCCAAGCGCAAGGCCAAAGGGAAAAAGAAGAGCAAGAAGCACGGUAAAAAAAAGCGAAAGAAGGAUCGCCAUCACAAGUCCAAGAAGCGUCACAGGGAUUCCGGUGAUGAGGACGCCGAGGAGGGCGAGCUUUCGCAAAGCAGUGACUCCAGCUCCGACUCCAGCGACAACGAGGGGAGCAGCAGCAAUAGCGACACGGAAGACAGCAGUGUUCCGGUCUUUAAGGCUGCCGGUCGCUUUCAAGACAUUGCCAAGAAGUAUCCACCAUCGCUGCGUGUUAUUGUCCAGGAGACAAAUCUGGAGGCCUUGAAGGUGGGAAGCCUGCAUCUUAUCACAUACAAAGGUGGAUCUUUAGGGCGCGAGGGCGCCCACGAUGUUAUCAUUCCGGACGUGAACGUGAGCAAGUGCCACUUGAAGUUUACCUACGAAGCCAAGCUAGGACUCUACAAGUGCCUUGAUCUGGGCUCCCGCAACGGCACCAUUCUCAAUGGUUCUUCAAUGUCCAGCGAAGCCAUGGACUUGGUGCACGGCAGUGUGAUCAUCUUAGGGCAGACGAAACUCCUGUGUCAUGUCCACGAGGGCAACAGUACCUGCGGGCUGUGUGAGCCGGGUCUUUUGAUAGAGACGUCGGCGCCGGUGGUGACCACAAGUGGCGCAUCCACCGCAACCGUAUUAUCCCACAAGGAGCAGCUAAAGAAGCUGCAGCGCAAAUAUGGCCUGGAAAAUGAGAAAUUCGUUGAACCUGGCGGCAAUGGGCAGUCCAACUACAAUGAUCGCGCCGCAACUAGGCGUGUCAAGGUGGGCAGCAGCACCGACAAGGAAAAGACUGAGGUGGCUUGUGUGAACACUGAGAUUGGCAGCUCCAACAAGGGCUUCAAAAUGCUUAGCAAACUGGGUUGGCAAAAGGGCGACACUCUAGGCAAGACCAACGCCAGCGCUGGACUCCUGGCGCCGAUCAAUGUGGUGGGCAACGAGGGCACCAGCGGGCUAGGGAACAGUGAUCCAGUAAUUUCCAGCUCCAGACCCGUGGACAAGCGAAAGUUGGCCAACCUAAAGAUCACCCAGGCUCGAUAUCAGCGUGCAAACGACAUCUUUGUUCAGUCAGAUGGCAGUGAUUAGAAAGGCAUUUGGAAUUAUGUUGGAAACACAUUUAAUUAACAAUUACAUCGGUUCUAUAUAUGUAUAUAUUAAUUCAAAAAUCUUGCUAUAAGGUUAAGCUAUCAGUCAAUUAAUUAAUUUAGCUUUGCUUAUGAACAAAAAGAAUAUAGGGAAGGUAAUGUUAAAUAAAUAUGACGUCGCGUAUGUUGGUCGAAACUAAAUGCGAGCGAAAUACGCACUCAAA